ACUCAGUACUAACAAACUCAAAGCAGUGUUCAUUCCUAAAGUAUAUUUUCUUGUUGAAGGUACUGCAGUACAAUACUAACAUUACAUCAUAAAAUCGUCUUAAGUACUAUUAUCGAAUAGUUUCAAAACAGUUUUUAUUUCCAAUACAAAUAAUUAAAUAUUUUGAAUCCGAGAUUAUUUUUUGAUAAGUUAACAUGCAUUUGAAAAAUAUACUGUUUUUCUGCGUGUCGUUAUGCUUUUUCCAUUGUCAGGGUGUUCCCCCAACUGAUGAACAGCUUAAUGAGAUUAAACAAUUAAUCAGGUCACACUUGGGAGAAGAUGACUUGAUGGACUUUGAGCAGCUGUUAGUAAUAUUAUCCGAAGUAGGAAAUAUAGUCGGGCAACGUAUGAAUAUACCCAGUGUUGAAGACAUCAAAAUAAAAUUAUCACUAACAAAUGAUGAAGUAGAAAUCAGCAUGCUAUCGUAUAUAUCUAGAGCAAAACCCAUAACAAAUUACUAUAUUACACGCCUAAUCGCGGAAACUAUGGGAGAAAAUGGCUUCAUGGACUUUGCUACAUUUAUGUCUGUAUGUCGAAGAGUAGCAGAUGUUUUCGGUAUAAGCAAAGAGAUCCUCAGUAUAGAUAUAUUUCAAAAAUAUAUAACACCAAAUAUGGUAUUUUCAAUGUCGAAAGCUGUAGUCUACGCCCUAGCAUACGCUUCUACACAGAACCCGGAAGUACAUGAAGCAGUAAGGGACGUGAUCGAGACAUAUGAAAAUCAUGAUCUCAAACAAUAUGAAGAUUUCAAUAUCAUUUUCAAUAGAGUAAGAGAAAGAACGCCCUUGCAUAUGCCAUGCCCCACUUAUGAAGAAUUCGACAAGGAAUAUAAAAAAACAAGACUCAGUAAGGAAAGUGUUUUACAAAUCGUCUUUAAUACUUAUUUCGACGAUUAGUUUGAUUUUAAUAAAAACUGUUAUUGAAAAACUGCACGUAUUUAGUUUAUCACAUAUUCACAUAAAAAUGUAGAUUUGAUUUAUCAAUAAAAUAUUAUGCUCUAAUAA